CGUCGCCAAAAAACUACGAUCGACUACAAACAUCGCAGCGAUGAAGCAAACUAUUAUUUUGAUCUUUGUCUCCUUGAUGGCCUACCGUUUGUCUGCCUCUGACCAGCAACCAACCACCUGGACCAACCCUUACUUCUACUACCAUUACAACACUCCCCUGGACCUGCCUACCCAGAAGGUCUCGGCUGAUGAAAAAGCUGGAAAUCAGCAGCAGCUAUUCACUAAUUACAACGAUCACAGUAUGCAAAACACGCUAGGAUCUCAUGUCGUACUGUUAACAACAUGUCUAAGAGAUUUGAAAACCACGAAAGCCGAUUUGGUGCACACGCAUACCGAGGUCGAAAACGUUAAGAAAGAGUUGCAUCAGUUGAAAGAGAAUUCCCAAUUGAACUCAACAUCAGCUAACCUUUUGGCAAAUGUUAUGGCCACGUUUGAAAAUAUGAAGACCACGGUUGAUAACAUUAAAAAAGAGAUGACCGGCUUAAUCACCAAAGCGGAUUUAGUACAGAUAACGCAGCGUUUGGACGAAACGCAUACAUCUCGCGUCGAGAGUGUAAAGAAAGAAUUGGCCAAUGUAAUGACUACAGUUGAAUCUAUGAAAAAAGAUACAAAUAAUGCAAGUGCUGCUGCUAGCAUCGGUCGAAUGCCCAAAUCUUGUGACGAUCUCCAGAAAAUUGGACACCGAAAAAGUGGAUUGUUUUCAGUUAUAGGCAACAAAACAGUCGACAACGUGUACUGCGACUUUACGAAAUCAAUCAACGAUGCAGGUUUUCAAAAAGUGAUCGGCUACGUCGACGUUAAAACGUCGCCCAUUCAUUUUCACGCUCAAAGACGCACAUCCCACUAUGGCCUUAACACCGUUAUUUCAUUUGAGUUGCUAAAAUUGAACGUGGGAAAUGCCAUGAGCACCUCCGGAAUAUUUGUGGCCCCUAAACCCGGCAGAUACUUUUUCACUUUUUCGGGUCUUAGCGAGCACAAUACAAAUGUAAGAAUAGAGUUGCAAGUAAAGACUGAAACCUCGGACUGGUUAAAGGUGGGAACGGCAUACGGACAUGUGAUUAAUCAUACAUUUUCGAUGCAUGCCACUGUGGAACUUGUCAAAGGCAACCAAGUUAGACUUCUGUUAGUAGAAGGAUCACUUCAUGACAAUGAAACGAACUAUACUAAUUAUGUUGGCCAGCUACUCGAGGAGGAUAUUCUUUCAUAAAUUUCGAGCAUUCUAAGCAAGCUCCGAAUUCCAUUUAAAAGAACAAUUACAGACUAAAUUGUUAAACAAAGUUAUAGAUUUAUUUUACAGACUAGCUAUUAAGCCUACCUAUUCUUGGAAUCAUAAAUGAUACACAUUGUGAAGGUUGUGUUUUAAAAGAUUGGGAAUAAAAAAGAAAUUAAGU